CGAAUAACUAUCUUAACUAUUUAAUAUUCAACAAAAAGUUUAAAGGACUGAAGAGUUACAUUUAGGUUGUUUUUAUAAAUGUAAACAUGAUCAAUAAGCUGUUCUAAAUUCUAAGUUUGGUAACAACACCAAGGAGUGAACAGUAAUCACAAAUGGAAGUUUUAAUAGAUGAGCGUAUUCGACAAGGCCAUGAUCCAGCAAAUAUGUACCAACAAGUGCAUUUUGAAUUCACCGAUUCUGAGAUAUCAGCUUUCCCACACUCGCCUACCGCCCUGAAAUACAAAACAGCAUAUGACAUGUUUAAAAAAGCGCGAUUAAUACUAGAUCAAUAUACAAAAGCAGAAGUGGAUACUGAACAUGACUGUGAUUUCCUACAGCCAGCUUUUCACGGUUAUUCUAAGGCACAUAUGUGUGAUAAUAUCUGGUAUGGUAAGUUCAAGCCUCCAAAACAUGCCUCCUACCUUAUAGAUCAAUACAUAAAACAAAGGCCGGAUGACAUGUUAUCUGAAUUCUGUAAACAUGUAUUCAUUUAUGAAUCACAACUUAGUGGAAGUGAAUUCUCAAAAUUUGAACAUUUAAAAAUAGCCAUUCGAACACACGAACAAUUUGCAAUGAAAGUACAAAAGGCACAUCAUUCCGAUAUUCAACGAAAAAUUCUUGCUACUUUAUAUAACAAUUUAGGUUCGAUUUAUACUAUCACAAACCAAAGAUUUCGUGCAAUCGAUUCCUUCCAGAAUGCUUAUGAUAUUGACAAUGACGAUCAUGAUUCCCUUUUCGGCAUUGCGUGGUGGCAUCGUUUUGAAGACCCAGUAAAAGCUAUUAAUUUGUUUCAUAAGUAUUUAGAUUCUGCACCCGAAUGUAGUAAGAAAUAUUAUGAUGCAUAUUAUUCACUAUCGGAUAUUUAUAUUUCGAUAUACGGAAAUACUAAAGAAGCUAAGAUGUAUUAUCGCAUGGGUUUAGAUGCCGAGAAAAAGCAGUUGCCAUUUAUCUCCGUCUAUCCCACAGCUUCGAAACUUGGUGCACAAAAGAAAAUUGAACGUUCUGAUAGAAUGAUGUGAAUAUUGAAAUAUUU